AUGGCUAGUCCCUUGAUGGGGUGUGUUCCAUGGCCGUCGGUGGUGUCGGCAGAAAUGGAGUUCGAGGAAGAUGAUGAAGGGUCCUCAGUGUUUUUGUCCAGGAGCUCAAGGAGAACGAUGUUGGAUCUGUUUUUUGGAGAUUGGGUAUUCAAGCCUGAGGAUAAGGCUGAGUAUAUCAAGGACGUAUGCGUGCGCAUGGGAAUCACAGAGAGGAACUUUUGCCGUGUCCGUAGUAUGCGGUUGUCUGUGCCAGGAACUGCAGUGCAGAGUGUGCAGUAUAUCAACAAUUAUUACGGGAUCAGAGGUGAAAAACGGAUGGGAGCUGACGGCAAAGAGAAGGUUUUGGUUUUCGGGACGUCAUUGGUGGCUGUCUGGUUUCUGUGUGAUCCAGAUAAGGCGUUUCUGACAGGUGUUGCAGCGUUGGAGGACGUUCCACCAGCUUAUGAUUUUUGGCAUUUGACAGAGGGGAUGCCUUACAAGGUGUAUCAGUAUGGUGUAAGCAGAUUAGGCGCAGUUGUUGGAUCUUUGAAAAGCCAGUGGACGCCGGAGGAUGUGUGUUGUUGA